AUGACGUUUGAUCAGGUCGUCCAUAGAGCAUUGGUUUAUGAGGAGGACUGGGCUUUGUCCCAGAGGACCGGAGAUCAGAGUUCCAGUGGAGACCAGAAGAGGAGGGCACCAUCCGGAAGUUCCCGACAGCACCGUCACCAGAGGCGAGAGGCCGAUCUGAGUCUAGGUAGCCCACAGUUUAGCCAGCAGCUUCAUCAUCAGUGCGGCCAGCCGCUCCUUUCUCUGGACCUCUUUCCGGUGUUUGCUAUGGAUAUGGGCAGACAGGGCAUUAGAGGCGUGAUUGCCCUCUCCCCUUGUAGCAGCAGAGGCCACCGUAAUUACCUCCUCCCCAUCCUCCUCAGUAGCAGUAGCAUCAGCAGCGAGCACAACAUCAGACUCCCGUCCCUAGGCCUCCUCCUCAGUAGUAGAGGCAGCCAGGUAGGCCUCCACAGCAGCAACAACAGCAGCAGAGGCAGCAAUAGAGGGGACCGCUACCUCCCACACAGUCCCUGGGUCGAGUUUGGUGAUAUGUUCUUGCCUGCUGAUUUAUUAGUGUUGCCGAUGGUGGAGUUUGAUGUUAUCCUGGGUAUGGACUGGCUUGCUGAGUAUCAUGCUGUCUUGGAAUGUGCCACGAGGACAGUCACGUUUCAUAUUCCCAGCUUGCCAGUGUUCCAAUUCGUUGUUGAGGCCAGAGGGGAGUCGUUAUCUAGUUUGUUGGCUUGUAUUGUUGAGGAGUCUGUGACAGGGUGUAUUAAGCAGCUGCCAGUAGUCUAUGAUUACCCAGAUGUGUUCCAGGAGAUCUCGGGUUUGAUGCCGCAUCGGCAGAUUGAAUUUUAG